UAAUAAAGACUGUGAAGUGAUUACAUGAAAUUUCAUGUUAAGAGUAUUACUUCACUUCAUCACAAAACCAAAACUCUUGCUUUGUAAGGGAACUAUAGAGCUAAGAUAAAGAGUCCUUAAACUCCUUUUUGUUUUAUCUUAUUCUCUUUCUUGUGCAGAUCUUGAAGUUGUACUUCAUUGUUAGAUUAAAUCUGCACCAAGAAAUGUUGUUAACUACCAUUGGAUCUGUUCUUUUGUUACUAUUCUCUUGCUCCACAUUUACUUCAAUAGAAGCCUAUGAUCCGUUAGAUCCAAAUGGGAAUAUAACACUCAAAUGGGAUGUCAUUAGUUGGACUCCAGAUGGCUAUGUUGCUGUUGUGACAAUGUACAACUUUCAACAGUAUCGCCACAUUCAAGAACCAGGAUGGACAUUAGGUUGGACAUGGGCAAAAAAAGAAGUAAUUUGGAACAUGAUGGGAAGCCAAACAACAGAACAAGGAGAUUGUUCAAAAUUCAAAGCAGGAAUUCCACAUUGUUGUAAGAAAGAUCCAACAGUAGUUGAUUUGUUGCCAGGAACACCUUAUAACCAACAGAUUGCAAACUGUUGUAAAGGUGGUGUGUUGAAUUCAUGGGCUCAGGAUCCAAACAAUGCAGUGAGUUCUUUUCAGAUAAGUGUUGGUUCUGCUGGAACAACUAAUAAAACAGUUAAAUUGCCAAGAAAUUUCACAUUGAAAGCACCUGGACCUGGUUACACUUGUGGUCCUGCAAAAAUUGUUAGGCCAACUCAAUUUAUCACCAAUGACAAGAGGAGAGUCACACAAGCUUUGAUGACCUGGAACAUUACCUGCACUUAUUCUCAAUUCCUGGCUCAAAAGACUCCAACUUGUUGUGUUUCCCUCUCAUCCUUCUACAAUGACACAAUAGUAGACUGCCCAACUUGCACCUGUGGCUGUCAAAACAAAACACAACCUGACAGCUGUGUAAAUCCAGACUCUCCACAUUUAUCUUCAGUUGUAUCAUCAUCAGGCAAACCUACAAAUACACCUCUAGUCCAAUGUACAAGUCACAUGUGUCCGAUUCGAGUUCAUUGGCAUGUGAAACUCAAUUAUAAAGAGUACUGGAGGAUCAAGAUCACAAUCACAAAUUUCAAUUACAGGAUGAAUUACUCACAAUGGAACCUUGUGGUGCAGCAUCCCAAUUUUGAUAAUCUUACUCAGCUUUUCAGCUUUAAGUACAAGUCACUAACACCCUAUGAGGGCUUAAAUGAUACAGGUAUGCUAUGGGGAGUAAAAUUCUACAAUGAUUUUCUUUCAUCAGCUGCUUCCUAUGGUAAUGUUCAAUCAGAAAUCUUAUUUAGAAAGGACAAAUCAACUUUCACAUUUGAUAAAGGAUGGGCCUUUCCAAGAAGGAUUUAUUUCAAUGGUGAUAAUUGUGUUAUGCCUCCUCCAGAUGCUUACCCUUGGUCACCAAAUGCAACUUCAAAACUAGUUUUCUCUAUACUUAGUACAAUCAUAGCCACUUUAGCUUCUUUUAUAAUAUUAUUAUUGAAUUGAAUUGAUCAUAGAGAAUUAUUUAUCUCUAUGGAGACAUAAAAGUGAACACUUCCCUUCUGCAUCAAAUUGUUUAAAACCACAUUGUGAAAAGUGAUCAAGAGCUAUCAAUGAAGCAAUGAAAAGAGAUGCAAGUGGAUGAAUACUUGGCACAAGAAUUCUAUUAUGUUAUUUAUUUUAAGGGUUUGUUUUUUUACCUUCAUUUAUGUAACAUAGUUUCUAUAUUUUGUAUUGUAUAAUUAUCUUAUGUUACUUGUUUGGAUAAUUAUUUUUUCCCAAUCAUAGAUUAUCAAAUUUGUUUUUUUA